CUCCACCCCCUCCUCCACCUCCUCAUUCCUGCUGACUCCCUGCUCACUGUCCUCUCUCGCCUCCUCGUCAUACCCCUGUCUGGAUGCCAGUAACUGCUAGUUAUGGAGGAUACAACAGUCACACAGGAUACCGAACUGUCAGUCAUCGCACCCUCAGCAUCAGCAUUUCAGGAAGAAGAAGGGGAAGAAGUGGGGGGGCUCACAACAGCCUCAGCGUUAGCAUUUGAAGAUGAGGAAGUUGAAGGGUUCGCCACAGGAAGUGAAGAUAACUGGGGGUCAAACAAAGUGCGUGCAGCAAUGGACCCAGUACUGACACAGCCCGGCCUUGGUGUCACCAAAACCACCAUCACCACCAUCACGCAGACGGGAGGGGACUGGAGCACUGGCCUAUUUGAUGUCUGCGGAGACAAGAUGACAUGUGUUCUCGGGGCUCUUGUGCCGUGUUGUUUGGACCUGAGUUUAGCUCACCAGUACGGGGAGUGUCUGUGCAUGCCUCUCCUACCAGGAUCCACUUUUGCCAUACGAGUUGGGAUCAGAGAGCGCUACAAGAUACGGGUACGCUCCGUCUGGUGGUGUUCUAUUUUCUGUUUUGCGCUUGGCCGCUAA